UGAUGUAACCCGUUGAUGCGAAAUGCAUUUGGCCUAAAGGAGAAAAAAUAUAUAAAAAGAAAGUUACAUUAUUGGACAAAUCAAGGAAUUCAGACACCAGUGGAUGGAAUUUGGAGUGUCAUUAAAGGAAUAUAUAACAUUAGAUAUAAGCCCGUGCAUUUACUGGUAACAGAACAAUACGAAAAAUAUGGCCGUGUUUAUGGUACGUAUAUGGGAUUUAAACCUCAAAUUUCUAUUGCGGAUCCUGAUAUUCUGAAAAGAAUUUUAGUUAAAGAUUUUAAUAUGUUUCAUAACAGAAUGAAAUUUAAAUCAGGAAAUAAAUUAUUUGACAAAAUGUUGAGUUUACUAGAAGACGACGAUUGGAAGAGAAUUCGAUGCAUAAUGAGUCCGACUUUCAGUAGCGGAAAAAUAAGAAAAAUGGCUUAUUUAGUAAAGGAAUGUGCAGAGAAGUUCUCAGAAAAUCUGAAGAAAAUAGCCGAUGAAAAUAAAACUCAAUCUGUCGAUUGUAAAAGUUAUCUAAAUUGUUUUGCUAUCGAUGUAAUAGCGUCUACAGCAUUUGGAACUAAAUUAAGCUCUUUAGAUGAUCCGAAUAACGAAUUUGUGACUAUGGCACGUAAAGCAACAAAUAUAGAUACUCCUAUAUGGGCUCUACUUCUGAUCUUGUUUCCGAAGUUAUCUAUUCUUAUAAAAGUGGAUGUUUUUGCUGAAACAUUUAAUUUUUUCAAAAAUUUUACAUUACACGUCAUUGAUAGAAGAGAAAAAGAAAAAACGAAAUCCAAUGACUUUCUUCAGUUGUUAUUAGAUGCUCAAAAAGGCAGCUUGGAAAUCUCACCGGAAGAUGCAAAUGAAGAUGAUUACGAUAAAGAACAAUCGAAUUUUAAAAUGUUGCCAAAACAUAAAACAAUGAGCUCGGAAGAAAUGAUGGCUCAGUGUGCAAUGAUACUUUUUGGUGGAAGUGACACAACAACCAAUACGUUAUCGUUUGUGUUAUAUCACUUAGCUUUAAAUCCAGAAUGUCAAGAUAAAUUCAUUCAGGAAGUAGACGACGUUUGGAGUAACAACGAAGAUAUAAAUUUUGAUGUACUAUCUAAGACUAUCUACUUAGAUGCUGUUAUAAAUGAGACUCUCAGGCUAAAUUCAGUUGCAAUACAAUUAGUGAGAGAAUGUACUGAAGAAUAUGAGUUACCAGAGCUAGGGAUCAAAAUCCCCAAAGGAAUGAAUGUAAUAAUUCCAGUUUAUGCGAUGCAUCGUGAUAAAGAAUUUUUCCCAAAUCCGGAGAAGUUUGAUCCUGACAGAUUUAUGCCAGAGAACAAAAAUUCUAUACCACAAUAUGCUUAUCUUCCUUUUGGGGAAGGUCCAAGAAACUGUAUUGGAAUGAGAUUUGCUUUUAUGACAUUAAAAAUGUGCCUCGUCUAUAUCUUUCGCGAUAUUAGAGUCGAAGCAACAGAAGAAACAAAAAGAAUGGAGACAGGAAGCCCAUUAUUCGACAAAUCAUUGUUUAUGGUACAAGAUGAAGAUUGGAAGAGAAUCAGAUGCAUCGUGAGCCCAACCUUCAGCAGCGGAAAAAUGAGAAAAAUGUCUUACUUGAUUAAAGAAUGUGCGGAGAAAUUCUCAGAAAAUUUGAAGAAAAUCGCUGAAGAAAAUGAAAAUAAUAGCAUCGAUUGCAAAAAAUACUUGAGUUGUUUCACUAUCGAUGUAAUAGCUUCAACCGCAUUUGGAACGAAAUUAUGUUCUUUAGAAGAUCCAAAUAGUGAAUUUGUUGUUAUGUCUCGAAAAGCAACUAACAAAGAUGUUACAUUUUCAGAUAUGAUUUUAAUGCUUUUCCCGGCUUUAACAAAAUUUGUAAAAAUUACAUCUUUCGAAGAGUCAUUAAACUAUUACAAGAAUUUCAUUUUACAUGUUAUUAAUAAAAGAGAAAAGGAAAAACUGAAAGCCUACGAUUUUCUUCAGUUAUUAUUGGAUGCACAAAAAGGUGUUUUGGAAGUUUCUCCAGAAGAAGCCAAAGAAGAAGAAAUGUCAAAUUUUAAAAUAUUGCCGAAACAUAAAACUAUGAGCUCCGACGAAAUGAUGGCUCAAUGCACUUUGUUUCUAUUUGCUGGAAAUGAGACUACCACAAACACAGUAGCUUUCGUCUUAUAUCAUAUGGCCUUAUAUCCGGAACAUCAGGAUAAAUUACUUCGAGAAGUAGACGAAAUCUGGAAAACGAAUGGUGAGAUGAAUUUUGACGUACUGAAUAAAAUGCAAUAUAUGGAUGCUGUUAUCAACGAAACACUGAGAAAACAACCAGCAUUGCUUCAAUUUUUGCCAGAAAAUCGAAAUACCAUUAUUCCUUUCACUUAUCUUCCAUUUGGAGAAGGCCCAAGAAACUGUGUUGGAAUGAGAUUUGCUUUAAUGGUAGUAAAAAUGUGUCUCGUCUACAUCUUUCGCGAUCUUCGAGUAGAAGCUACAGAGGAAACGAAGUUGACAGUUGAACAGUUAUGUGAUGGAGUUAAACCAGUUUAUUCCUUCUACAUGGAUUACACUUAUUGGAAGUGUAUUGCUGUUAUGCAUCAUUCAACGCAUAUCAUAGACCUGGAAUAUUACAAAAAAUAUGGCCGAAUACAUGGAUACAUGAAUUGUUUCACCAUCGAUGUAAUGGCUUCAGCAGCAUUUGGAACGAAGUUAUGUUGUUUAGAAGAUCCAAAUAAUGAAUUUCUUACCAUGGCUCGAAAAGCAACGAAUAGAGAUAUUUCGUUUUCAGAAAUGAUUUUAUUUCUGUUUCCAAUUUUAACAAAAUUGAUAAAGGUAAAAUCUAUCGAUGAGUCAUUCAGCUAUUACAAGAAUUUCAUUUUACAUGUUAUUGAUCAAAGAGAAAAGGAAAAAAUGAAAGCCUACGAUUUUCUUCAAUUAUUAUUGGAUGCACAAAAAGGCGUUUUGGAAAUUUCUCCAGAAGAAGCCAACGAAGAAGAAAUGUCAAAUUUAAAAAUAUUGCCGAAACAUAAAACAAUGAACUCCGAAGAAAUGAUGGCUCAAUGCACUGGGUUUCUUUUUGCCGGAAAUGAGACGACCACAAACGCAUUAGCUUUCGUCUUAUAUCACAUGGCCUUAUAUCCGGAAUAUCAGAAUAAAUUAAUUGAAGAAGUAGACAAAAUCUGGAAGACGAAUGAUGAGAUGACUUUUGACGUGCUUAAUAAAAUGCAAUAUAUGGAUGCGGUUAUCAACGAGACACUGAGAAAAACACCAGCAUUGAUUCAAUUAUUCAGAGAAUGCACUGAAGAAUAUGAAUUACCAGAGCUAGGUAUUAAAAUACCAAAAGGAAUGAAUAUUGUAGUUCCUAUCUAUGCAAUGCAUCAUGAUAAGGAAUUUUUCCCAAAUCCGGAAAAGUUUGAUCCUGACAGAUUCUUGCCAGAAAAUCGAAGUUCAAUUAUUCCAUUCACUUAUCUUCCAUUUGGGGAAGGCCCAAGAAACUGUAUUGGAAUGAGAUUUGCUUUAAUGGUAAUAAAAAUGUGUCUCGUUUAUAUCUUUCGCGAUCUUCGAGUGGAAGCUACAGAAGAAACGAAGUUGCCUCUGGAGUAUUUUGCCGGCCAAGGUAUUCUUAACCCGAAAAAAGUUAUGAUCAAAUUCGAAAAAAGAAAAUAAAAUAAUAAUGUCACAUAACAAUGUGAAAAUUAAUGAAUUUAAUGUUUUUUACAAUGCUUGUAAUAAAAAUGAUUUGA